GUUGGUCGGCAGCUGCUGCUGCUGCACUCCGCUUGCUGUCGCCUUUGCGUAGCUAAGAUAUUUGUGCGUAGGGGCUUUGUCCAUCACAAUGGAAUAUCGCCGCUUCGAGCGACGCCGCUGUGGUCGUGGGUCUCUGGAACCCCUCGAGCGCAGGGAGAGUUCUGCUUCCUCUCUCUCUGCUGGGAACUUAAUCUCGGCGCGCCACUCCGGGAAGGCUUCAAUGCGGCCGAUGGCAUUGGACGCUGUGCUCGGGUGUCUCGGCGCCGCGCUCCUCACUUCUCUUCCCCAUCCUGACGAGGCGGCGUGGGUUUCGCCCCGGAUCCGGCCCUGGUGAUCGUGGAGGAGCCCAAGCAACGGGGCAUGCGCUUCCGCUACCAGUGCGAGGGCCGCGCCACGGGCAGCAUCUUCGGCGAGCGCAGCGAUACCAGCACCAAGACCUACCCUGCCGUGCAGGUGCAGAACUACAGCGAGCGCGUUCUCCUGCGCGUGUCGCUCGUCAGCAAGGAGGAGCCCUACCGGCCUCACCCGCACGCGCUCGUCGGAACCGACUGCAACGACGGCAUCUUCCAGACGACGCUCGAGCCACCCGACCUCCGUGUUCAAUUCCAGAACCUGGGCAUCCAGUGCGCCAAGCGGAAAGACAUCAUGAGCGCCAUCCGAAUGAGGGUCACCAAACAAAAGAUCGACCCUUUCAACGUGGGCGGGCUGGCAUUUGAGAUGGAGGGCCUGGACCUCAACGCCGUGCGGUUUUGCUUCGAGGCCUUCCUCAUCAACUCGCACGGCUCCAUCGUGAAGGCCCUGCCGCCCGUGGUCUCCAACCCGAUCUACGACAAGAAGGGGUGCAACACCUCGGAGCUCAAGAUCAUCCGUCUGAACGAGCACUCGGGCUGCGCGGCGGGGGGGGACGAGCGCUACAUCCUGUGUGACAAGGUCCAAAAAGAGGACAUCGCGGUGCGCUUCUUCGACGAGGACGCCUGGGAGGCGCGGGGCGUCUUCUCGCAGACCGACGUGCACCGGCAGGUGGCCAUUGUGUUCCGCACGCCGCCGUACCGCGACGGGCACACGGCCGCGCCUGUGUGCGUGCGCGUGCAACUGCUGCGGCCCUCGGACGGGGAGACCAGCGAGCCCUUGGAGUUCCACUACACCCCCGUCGACACCGAUCCUCACCACCUGCAGCAGAAGCGCAAGAAGAAGCAUUCGGCCUUUCAGAGCUGCGCUGCGGAGGCCUCCCAGGGAAGCUGGUGUGAGCAGAACGGAGAGUCGUCGGUGGCCACGUGCAACGAGACGAGACGCCGGCUCAAAGUGAAGCUGCAGCAGCACAAAGAGCCACGGAAGCCGGCGGAGCUCGCGACGUCGCCGCCGACGCCGGUGAAGCCGGAAGCCAUUCCGGCGUUCGUGCCCUACUUCUACCCGGCAUCGCCGGCCGGCUACGGCACGGCGCCCACGGGCUGCUGCCCGGCCGGCGAGCCCGAGCCACCGCUCGCCGCGCCCACCUACCGGGGCAGCCUCUCCCUCUUUGGGCCGGACGCCACGCGGGGAGGGGUUCCCGGCGGCCACGGCGGCGGCGGCGGCGGCGAUGGCGACGGCGACGAGGGAAUCAACGUCCUUGACCGGGCGCUCGCGACCAUCGACGCGGCGCUCAAGCGCACGCAGCCCGCCGAGCAGUACGGCUGGCACGCCGGCGCGGCGGCGCCGACGUACGCCGUCGCCUGCGUGCCGCCGCGCCCGCCGCUCCCGUCGUGCGCGCUCGGAGAGGAGGGGCCCGGCGCCAGCCUCGCGCGCGGGACGCCCGAGCGUCCGCAGAGCGCCGGCACGGAGACGCCGCACGUCUUCCGACAGCUUCACCAUCGCCAGCAGCGACCGCACGAGCACCAUCAGCACCUCCAGCACCACGCGCAGCAGCACCACGUGGGAGAGGCGUUCCUCGGCGGGGGCAGCGGCGUGUUCCACGCGAGGCCCCAGACGUACACGGAGCUGCUCACGGGGCAAGUGCGGGGGGGCUUCGCCUUCCAGGAGCCGAGCUCAGCGCCGCUCGACAUGCCCUAUGGGCUGUGCGUCGGCGGCGGCGUGGACGUGGAGCACAGCGGCUGACGGCGCUGGGUGCCACCACCGGCGUCUGGGCGCUCGACUUGGCUGUGCGCUCUGUGUACACAAACGUAUUAUUUUUCAACUUUAUGAGUUUUUUUACUACGUAUGCGGCUUGAAUGUAAUUAGCUUUUGUAGAAGUUUUUACCGUUGGCUGCACGAUUUCUGCGUAGAACGUUGAGGGGGCAUUUUUACUCGUUUCUGAGAUGUCGAUGGGAUUUUGGUAUCCGCGCGAAUUCCACUGGUGCAUAUUGGUUACUGGUGCGAGGUUCUUACCAAGCCGUCCGGUUGAAGGUUUUAAAAAGAAUCCUUGCUGCAAUUACAAGAGUAAUAUAUGUUCGUGUUUUCAUUAUGAUUACCAUAAGUGGAUUUUAAAAAAUGUACGUGUAUUUUUACCCGUUGCUUUCAAAGCAAUCCUGAUUUACCGUUAUUCAGUUACUGAAUUGUGUAAUGUGACAUCCUUGUGCGAUGAAGCUCUAUUGAACAGUUGUGUGUUCACGGUGGUG